AUGUUAAAAUAUUUUUCAUUUCUUUCAAAAUUUCCGUCAUGUCAACUUACCAGCACACAAAAGAGGCGUGAACUGGAGGCUCGGCAAGAAAGGGAGAAGGAAGUGAUCAGGGAUUGUCGGACGUUAUUUGAGGUUGGCUUCCAGCACGAUCAGCAUAGAGAUCCAGUACAUAGGCCUACCUCAGCAGAUUCAGUUAAUACCAGCACCGCUGGAGAUUAUGACCAUGACAGUAGGCUUGACAUAGAAGAACAACAUGAACUGCCAGCUAGGUUAGAAAACUCAGAAACACAGACAGAAGCAUGUGCAGAGAUGGCCCAAGAAAGCUACAAGAACCAGCAUUUAACAGAAAACAAGCCCAGGUCAUGUGGGGUUGAUAUUGAACUCUGCCCAUCAGACAUCCCAACUAAGGAUUAUAUAGAAGACAUGAUUUGGAAAGGGCCUCUGCCUCACCUAAAAUAUUUCCUUAAUGAUUUUACCGGACGAAAAUUUCUAAUGUUUGUUCUCAAAGUCAGAACAUCAAAUGGCGAAAGCGAGAGCAGACGAUGGCUUGUAUUCAGUCCUGGAAAACAGUCUUUGUAUUGCAUACCUUGUAGGCUUUUCUCUCAUACAGUGGGCUCACAACUGCAAAGGUCACAGUCAAUCAUGGCAUCCACAAAAGGCUGGGGUACAGAACAGAAAUGGAAAAAGCUGUUUGACAGGUUGCCUCAACAUGAAAACAGUACAGCACACAAGAAUUGUUAUCUAGCAUGGCGUGAGUUGGAGAAGAGGUUAGAAAGUGAUACUGGGAGUGAUGUGAUGUCUCACAAAGUAAUCAUGAGCGAGACUGAGAAAUGGCGAAAUAUACUUACGAGGAUAAUUGAUGUAAUAAUUUUUCUUGACCAGGGAGAAAUUGCUUUACGUGGCUCAUCCCAGUGA